UUGCGUUUAUAUUUUCAGGUUCUUUUUCGGAUACAAAAAUGCCGCCGGGUCUAUCAAUAAUCUUAUCGUCUCCCUCUCCUGGGUUCUUCGACUUGACUUUGCCUCUCGACUUCCACACAGAAUAUGGGAAUCUUUCUCAGGGCCCUACUUCUCUUCUACGCUGCUCAAUUCACCUUCUUUUCAAUGGGCGUCCAUGGGCGAUCACUCUCUAUCCCAACGAAGCCCGACCCGAAUGAUGCUGCCGCCACUGCUCGCUGGCUGGUCUCUCAAAAUUCCUGGGGCGUCUUAAAUACUAUCUCAAGUGAACUGGGUGGAGCGCCCUUUGGGAAUGUGGUAUCGUUUAGCGAUGGACUACCUGACAAAUGCAGUGGCAUCCCAUACUUUUACUUGACAGCUCUAGAUCCAACAGCAAGAAAUGCUCUGAAGGAUGAAAGAGCUUCGUUUACCGUCAGUGAGUACCCUCUUGGAUCUUGUGGCAAGAUAGAUCCAGAGAAUCCUACUUGUGCCAAAAUUACUCUAAUUGGAAAGCUGAAGUUAGUUGACAAGAAAUCUGCGGAAGCCGAAUUUGCUAGAAGUGCCUUGUUUUCCAAGCACUCGGAGAUGAAAGGCUGGCCUGAGGAUCACGACUUUGAAGUCUACAAAUUAGAAAUCGAUAAUAUAUUUCUAAUCGAUUGGUUUGGCGGUCCUAAACCCCUUACAGUGGCAGAAUACUUGCACCCCAAUUUGAACGGUAUUGCCGCCAGUCUAUGAGCGCUCUUCUCAUGGCGGUUCGUGUCAUUGACUAUCUGUUAUUGGGCGCCCGAUGAAUUGGGAGCAUUUGUAAAUAAGAUGUAUACUCGUUGUAAAUGAUCACUAUUACACCCCUUUUAUCGUAGGGGUAAAAUGGAGUAAAUGAUAUAGAAAAUGUGUACCCCUGAAUAUUUGUUGUUCGGCUGACUUGAAUCAUUGGGGUCAAAUGUUCAGUGUUUUUGAAUUA